AUGGGGGUGAGAGUGGGGCGGAGGCCUUGUCUUCCUGUACUGCUCCUGGGCCGGCCCACCUGCCUGUCACAUGCCCAUGCCGGGUCCCAUCUGGGGGCCCCCCCCUUCCCCACUGGUCAUGCAGUGUUUGUAUAUAAGGACCUUGGAAUGAUGUCCCCAUUUCUGCCUGAUUUGCAACUUUUCUUGUUGAUGUUGUGUUGUCUUGGGGACCCUUCUGGGGGGGACCUGCCCUAUGCCCCCUCCUCCCUGCCGCAGUGCCCCCCACCCCAGGCCUCUAUUGUUCCAUGUUGUAAAUACCCCUGGGGCCAUGGUGGGAUGGGGGUGCAGGCCAGGGAAACAAAGGGUGGGUGGGGGUAA